UGCUGCUGCUGUCUGCUCCUGGCCAGUGGCACCGAUGCCUCCCUCCUCCCCACUCGCCCCCAGAUUCCCCUCCCCUCCCUGUUGCUUUUGUCUGGAGGGUGUUAUGGGUUUGUGUGUGCAUGAGCGUGUGUGUUUUUGGAUUUCAGACUAAUUUUCUGGAGUUUCUGCCCCUGCUCUGCGUCAGCCCUCACGUCACUUCGCCAGCAGUAGCAGAGGCGGCGGCGGCGGCGGCGGCGGCUCCCGGAAUUGGGUUGGAGCAGGAGCCUCGCUCGCUCCUUCGCUCGCGCUCUCCGCGCUCAGUGCCCGGCGGCAGGAGGAGCCUGCACCCAGGCGCCGCGGGCGGGCUGUAGGCGCCGGAGCCCGGCCCCGAGGUGCGUCCCGGAUCCCAGUGCGCGUCUAGCAAGGAGCCUGCGUCCCGGGGAGUGCCGGCAGCGCCGCGGGCCGGUGCUCGGCGCGCCGGGCCAUGCAGCGGCGGCCGCGGCGGAGCUCCGAGCGGCCGUAGCGCCCCCUGUGAGGCGGCCCAAGAUGCCCCGGCCACUGUGAACGGUGCCGCCCGCCAGGACACGCUCAGCCCCGGACACGCUCGGCUCUGCGCGCCCGCGACAGGCACCGGGCGAAGGAGCGGCGAGCGCGGCACAGGCCGCCCAAGCAGGGGCAGGGGAGGCCCGCCCGUGCAGCGCGCGGACACGUACUCAGUCCGACUCGGGCUGGCACUGGCGGCUAGGGAUGUCGUCCUGGACGAGGUGGCAUGGACCCGCCAUGGCGCGGCUCUGGGGCUUCUGCUGGCUGGUUGUGGGCUUCUGGAGGGCCGCUCUCGCCUGUCCCACGUCCUGCAAAUGCAGCGCCUCUAGGAUCUGGUGCAGCGACCCUUCUCCGGGCAUCGUGGCGUUUCCGAGGUUGGAGCCCAACAGUGCAGACCCUGAGAACAUCACCGAAAUCUACAUUGCCAAUCAGAAAAGGUUGGAAAUCAUCAACGAAGAUGACGUUGAAGCUUAUGCAGGACUGAAAAAUCUGACAAUCGUGGAUUCUGGAUUAAAAUUUGUGGCUCAUAAAGCAUUUCUGAAAAACAGCAAUUUACAGUACAUCAAUUUUACCCGAAAUAAACUGAUGAGCUUGUCUAGGAAACAUUUUCGUCACCUUGACUUGUCUGAGCUGAUCCUGGUGGGCAAUCCAUUUACAUGCUCCUGUGACAUUAUGUGGAUCAAGACUCUUCAGGAGACUAAAUCCAGCCCAGAAACUCAGGAUUUGUACUGCCUAAAUGAAAACAGCAAGAAUAUUCCCCUGGCAAACCUGCAGAUACCCAAUUGUGGUUUGCCAUCAGCAAAUUUGGCUGCACCCAACCUCACUGUGGAGGAGGGAAAGUCUAUCACAUUAUCUUGUAGCGUUGCAGGCGAUCCAGUUCCGAAUUUGUACUGGGAUGUCGGUAAUCUGGUUUCCAAACAUAUGAAUGAAACAAGCCACACACAGGGCUCCUUAAGGAUAACUAACAUUUCAUCUGAUGACAGUGGAAAGCAAAUCUCCUGUGUGGCAGAAAAUCUUGUAGGAGAAGACCAAGAUUCUGUGAACCUCACUGUACAUUUUGCUCCAACUAUCACAUUUCUCGAAUCUCCAACCUCAGACCACCACUGGUGCAUUCCAUUCACUGUGAAAGGCAACCCCAAACCAGCGCUUCAGUGGUUCUAUAACGGGGCCAUAUUGAAUGAGUCCAAAUACAUCUGUACUAAAAUCCAUGUUACCAAUCACACGGAGUACCAUGGCUGCCUCCAGCUGGAUAAUCCCACUCACAUGAACAAUGGGGACUACAAGUUAGUAGCCAAGAAUGAGUAUGGGAAGGAUGAGAAACAGAUUUCUGCUCACUUCAUGGGCUGGCCUGGAAUCGAUGAUGGUGCCAACCCAAAUUAUCCUGAUGUAAUUUAUGAAGAUUAUGGGACUGCGGCAAAUGAUAUUGGGGACACCACGAACAGAAGUAACGAAAUCCCUUCCACAGAUGUUGCUGACAAAAGCGGUCGGGAACAUCUCUCGGUCUAUGCUGUGGUGGUAAUUGCGUCUGUGGUGGGAUUUUGUCUGCUGGUGAUGCUGUUUCUGCUGAAGUUGGCGAGACACUCCAAGUUUGGCAUGAAAGGUUUUGUUUUGUUUCAUAAGAUCCCACUGGAUGGGUAGCUGAAAUAAAGGCAAAGACAGAGAAGGGGGCUGUGGUGCUUGUUGGUUGAUGCUGCACUGUAAGCCGGACUCUUGGGAUGGGCAUUGGCUUCUCCCGGGAGGUGCCGCUUAGCUGGGGGUCUUCUAGUAGCUGUGGGUGGUGUUUGCAGGAGGUCCUGUGUGAAGCCGGCGGCUGUCCUGAGCUGUGUUUGGGGAGCACCGCUGCAGAGGCAGCUCCCAGGCUGCUAAGCAAACACUCAAGAAAACAUCUUAAGUUAAUGCUUCUCUUUUGUUCUUGCAAUUGUUCAAAUAUGAAAUUGACAUGGGAUUCCGUUGGUUUAUGCUUCUCUUCUGAAAGGAGUGUUCUUUGACCAUACUGGAAAUGUAAUGAUUCUUAUUGUUUCUGUUCAUUAAAGGUGAACUGCAAAGUUUAAAAAAAAAAUCUAAAUUUAGGGACAGGUAUAAGAACACACUAAACAGCCUAAUCUCCACGUAACACGUAGUUUAGCGUUGUUUUCUGUUGAUGUUUAAUGAAGACCGAAUUCAGAAAGUCUCUCUUUUCCGUCUACAACGCAUCGACUGAGAAAGUUAAGGGCAUCGCUGUGGGGACUUGGCCAGGCCACCGAGAGGUUCUCUCCUUCACUGAUGAUAAAGGUCCAGAGUCAUGCAAUCAAUGCUAAUGAUUUUUCUAAAGUUUGUUAGCAGGUGAAAAAUAAAAGGAGCUCUGUGGUCAGGGGCUCUAGAUUUAGGUUACGUGUAGUCAGUUUCAGAAUAACUACAAGAGUGAAAUAGACACACAUGGCGCGCAUGUCCUUUUAUUUGCCCCCUGCGAUCCACCUGCUUUUUAGAAGUUUCCUAGUGAGAAGGCCGCAGUAUCUCAUGCUGUUCCCAUGACAGAACUGCAGCUUUUCUACUCUGAAAAGGUCUGCAGGCAGAAUGGCUGGCCUGCUGGGAGCAGGAGACCAUAUUCUAAGAAGGAUAGAUACUGCAUACUACAGUACUGCUGGUUUUCAUGGGCAGGAAG